AUGGCUAGCCAGGAGGAGCAGCCCGACUGGUUGGACCUCCCCUCCGAUCUAGUGACGAUCAUCGCGCGGAGGUCCCGCGACGCCGUCACCGGGCUCGCCGCGUUCCGCUCCGUGUGCCGGGCAUGGCGCGCCGCGGCAGGGCCAGCGCCGCGCCUCCUGCUCCCCCGUGUCCGCGCCUCCCACACGGCUGUCUUCCCCUUGUCCCGCGGCUGGUCCCUCGUCGUCGACACCCGCGACGCCUCCUGCCACGUCUCGCACCUGGCCACCCGCGCCAGGGUGGCCCUGCCCAAGCUCAACGCCGUCCGCGACGGCCCAGGCAGCGACGUCGUCCGGCACGUAAGGUACGUGCACUGCAACGACCUGGACAUGGCGCUGUGCAGCAACUGGACCUUCCCGACCUACCUCGAGUUGACGGACUACUUGCGCUUCGCCGUCCACCUCCCGCCCGGCGCCCCGGCGCCGGCGACGGUCAUGAUGUACCACGUGAUGCACGGGCACACGGGCAUGCUCUUCUGCCGCCCCGGCGACGCGGCAUGGACCAAGCUGGAGAAGCCCCGCCGCAUAGGCUACGGCUACUUCGACUUCGUCUACCAUGACGGGAAGAUGUUCGGCAUGGACAUCAACGGCGAGAUGGCGGUGUUCGACGCCGCCACGCUCGGCGCCCUACAGCUGGUCCCGCGUCCGCCAGACAUGCCCAACCUCAGCAGCAAGAUGUACGGCUCCAUCUGCCCUCGGAAGCAAGAGUUGGAUUACGUCCACCUCGUCGCGUUGCCGAGCAAGCUGGUCCUGGUCGUGGUAAGGACCACCGUCAAGUCGUCCCGGCCGGUGGCCUUCGACCUCUUCGAGCUAGGCUCUUCUCCGGCGCCUGACGGGCAGCUCGCGUGGCGCAAGGUGGCCGAGGCUGGUAACUACGAAUUGUUCGUCGAUAGGUACCACGCAACCUUCAGGGAUAAUGACGGCGCCAACGAGGGCGGAACUCGGAUCUACUACGUCCAUGACAAGAAGAAGGUUUCUGCCGUCGCAGCAUACUGCUACAGCAUGCAGGAUAAGAAGCUGGAAUGCGUCUACAGGUCACCGGAGGAUGAUGGUCCUCCGGACUGCUUAACUAGGCCUAGUUGGUUUGUUCCUUAG